AUGGGCCGGCCUUUAUGGCUACGUCCUUCAGGCUGCGCGACGCUCCAGCGCCGCAAAGAGCGGCAUAUAGCACCUCCCGAGACGAGCCCUAGUCGGGAGGAAGUUGCGAGGGGCGGCGGCCACGAGGGUAGACGACGACCGGCGUCAGGGCAAAGGAGGCGGACUCCCGGCGCGUCCCGGCGCGUCCCGGCAACCAUCGUCACCAGCAGGCCAACCGCCGCCACCUCCGGCGGCUUCAAGCCAGUGAUGAGCAACGGGGAUAAGACGACCAGGCCGGAGGCGCAGAUCACCAGUUUGGGUUCUGCCGCCCUCCACUUCAGAGUAGACUACGAGCAAGCCAAGCAGCUCCCCAUGGGCCAAUAUGUACAAUCUGGCGUCUUCUCGGCCGGGGGACACCCCUGGAGGAUUGAGUGCUUCCCGUGUGGCGGAUUUGGAAGCGGCCCGACCGACUAUCUUGCUAUCUACCUCAGGCACAUGGGCAAGAGCAGAAGCGUACGGGCCCUCUUUGUGGCCUUCUUGCUGGACAGGGAUGGUCAACCAUGUAGCAAGGUAAUGAAAGGACGGGCUUUGAUGAAUUCCCCAGCCAAUAAAGAUUGCGAUGACGAUUCUGAAGACAACGGGUGGCUUAGGUUCGUUAAGGCAGCUACUUUGGAGAAAGACUAUGUAUUCGAGGGACACGUCACAUUCCUAUGCGCCAUCUUGAUCAUACAUGACAGCCCAGAGCACCAAAAAACAGGUGACAGCCCUAUUCCUUCAGACAUCGGGUCUGAUCUUGGUCGCCUGUUAGAUCAAGAGGAUGGGACGGAUUUGUCAUUCAUCGUCGAUGGGGAGGUAUUCCGUGUGCACCGAGCAGUUAUCGCUGCGCGCUCACCGGUGUUUAGGGCGGAGCUCUUUGGUUCCAUGGCUGAAGCUACAAUGUCAUCCAUUACGCUGCAAGACAUCACGCCUGCGACAUUCAAAGCUAUGCUUCGAUUCAUGUACACAGAUAAAUUACCCGGAGAAGAUGAGCUUGUGGACUCUUCUGUUGAGAUGUUUCAGAAUCUACUAGCCGCAGCCGACCGGUAUGCACUAGACGGGCUGAAGCUUAUGUGUGCGCAAAAGCUAUGGGACAAUGUGACGGUGGAUACAGUUGCAACUAUUUUAGCUUGCGCCGAGACUUACAACUGUCCAAAGCUGAAGAACGAGUGCUUCAAGUUCUUUGCGGCCGAGAACAAUUUUAAGAAGGCCGUGUUCACGGGUGGCUUUGCAAUGUUGGUGCAGAAAUUCCCAUCGAUAAUUGCCGAGCUGAAAGAUUGGGUUGUGGUAUAGUGCUGUACACAACUGCAUGUGCAGUUUACUCAUUUGAGCAUGGUAUAAUAUCCCGUUUUAAAUCAUGUGUUUAGUGCUAUCUGAUAUCUUGGCAAGGACACAGACUACUUUUAUUUGAUGAACUUGGGGUCUGUUAUUUUCUGCCAAGUGAUAUUGUUAAGCGAGUAGAUGUGGAUUUCAGACAGCAUCGAUGCAAAAGGGGAGGGUAUGCCAAAUCAUGGCACAUUUGUGUUCUUCAGUUCUAUGUUCCCUUUUUUUUGGAAGUUAAUUGUGUGUUCUCUUGGACAU